UUCCCCCCACCUAUAAAUCGUGCUCGUUUGAUUUUUUGGGGGGAUUAAAGCCCCCGAACUUCACAAAGGGCCACAAAUCAAACACAUAAAAAAUCUAUCUAUCUAUAUAUGAUCAAAAAAAACUAUAACAUUAAUAUAAUACAAUUAAAAUAAACGCUCUAUAUUUUUUUUGUAGCAGUAGCAUUAUACAAAUAUAAUUCUGUACAGCUGAAGAUGAGCGCGUACCUAACAAAUUCAUUUUACAAGCAAGCAGCUCAGGAGCCGUCCGCCUAUUCCAUGCAAAGUUACGGAAACUAUGGCUGUGCCACUGAACUCGGUGCCUCCAGGUACUGCUACGGUGGGCUCGAUCUCACCCUCCCUUUCCCUGCCUCUGCUCCUGCAAACUCUUACUGCCGCGGGGAUAUGGACUCGACUCUGGGAGGCUGCGACCCCGGGGACCGGGCUUCACCCUGCACAGAGACCGCCGCGUCCUCCACACUCGCUCCGGGCUCGGACGGGCUCAGGAUUUACUCUAAAGCGGAGGGGCAGACCUGCGUUAAAAGCAGCGACGGCGGCGGCACCGGUGAAAUCAAAGUAGAGGCGAAACAGCCCGUACAGCAGCGAAGACAACAACACCAGCACAAAGUCGACGACAGCCCGCUGCCCCAGAUAUACCCCUGGAUGACCAAGCUUCAUAUGAGACACGAAUCGGACGGCAAGCGCUCCAGGACAAGUUACACCCGGUACCAAACCCUGGAGCUGGAGAAAGAGUUCCAUUUCAACCGGUACCUGACCCGCCGCAGACGCAUCGAGAUCGCCAACAGCCUGUGUCUCAACGAGAGGCAGAUCAAAAUCUGGUUCCAGAACCGGCGGAUGAAAUGGAAGAAGGAUUCCAAACUCAAAACCAAAGAGUCCGUUUGAACAAAACAGAAUUGGGUUUUCAAUCCCAUAUAUGUAAUUU